AUGUGUGUAAGCCAUUGGCUUUCAAACCCCACGCAUAGGUUAGGGCUUCGAUGGGGGAAUACCUACCUGCCAGGCCUCGAAUCAUGCGAUAUCACCCGGCUUGCAAUUGCAAUAUACACAUCUCAAGGGGCGAGGCAUGAUGGCAAUUUGGGGAAAUACAUAUUGGGACGGCACUUUUUGGGGGAGAAAUCCCGCGGCCCUGGUUUUGGUACUGACCCUCGAGAUCGAGAAUUAAGGUGCAUACGUAAGAUCGAGCCUGAGGGCGAUGCGCCUGGAUUAUGGUGGGAAGGCGCAUCAUCAUCUCUCACUCGACAGGAGAAUUUUGCCCUGAGUUCGAAGUCAGUUCGACUUUAUUGCGAGUACCGGGACCGACAACAAGCACCAAUGGAGUAG